CAGGGUCAGUCGGGCGCUGGCGUCGCUCCGUCCUCCCACUGAGGCUGAGGAGACGCUUUCCUUCUUCCCGGAGGCUGGCUCUCUCCGGUGCUGCAUGCUCCUUGCCCCCCGCGGUCCCUAACCCUUCCUGCUCUUCUUCCUUCUCUGUCCAUCUCCCAACCCCGGCUUGAGUGGGACGCGCCCUCCUGGACGGAGAGGCCCGCGACCUUCCGGGACCCGCCUCGCUCGGCCCCUUCACAACCGGGCGUCUCCUCGGUCUCGCUAACCCCUCGGCUCUCAGGCUCCUCACGCUCUUCUUGUCCCUCCCCUUCUCUCCUGCAGGGAUGGAGGCUUCCUGGCGCCAGGUGGCCGGUGGCCGGGGCCGAGCCCGCGGAUGGGCCCCUGCCGCCCCCGCCUCCGGCAAUGGAGUCCCUCUCGGCGGUGCGGGAGGAGGCCGCGGGAAGGGGUCGGUGGGCGCCGUCGGUGCGGCCAGCAGCCCGGGAGGAGCGGCGGCCGGGAGCAGGCAGAGCCCCGCGGGACCCGAAGCCCUGCAGACCUCGGCGGGCGGCGGUGAGCGCGGCGCCCAGCAAAUGUCUCAGAAGAAGUUUGAGGAGAUCAAGAAGGCUAAUCAAGCUGCAGCCAAAAAGCUUGUUCAAGAACAUGUUAGCUCUUCAUCUGAAGAAGAAGGAGAUGAAGAUUUUGAAGGAAAACAGGGAAAAAUAGUUGCUAAUACAUUUGUAACAUACACUACUCAGACAGAUGGAGAUACCCGUGAGUUAGAGCGGACAAAGCAGUAUGUAAAUGAUGCUUUUCAAGCAGGGGCAAUGACGUGCUUGAUUUGUAUCGCUUCAGUAAAGAGAAACCAAGCAGUUUGGAGCUGUUCAGGAUGUUUCUGUAUAUUUCAUAUGCCUUGUAUCCAAAAGUGGGCCAAAGACAGCGAAUUUCUCGUUUCAUCUUUGACGGAUGAUGAUUUUGGAAAGCGAGAUUAUCCCUGGCCUUGCCCAAAAUGCAGGUUUGAAUACAAGCGCUCAGAAACUCCUAGUAGGUAUUAUUGUUACUGUGGAAAAGUGGAGGAUCCACCUUUAGACCCUUGGCUGGUGCCUCAUUCCUGCGGCCAAGUGUGCGAGCGAGAAUUCAAACCUCCUUGUGGCCAUAAGUGUUUGCUCCUCUGUCAUCCGGGUCCUUGUCCUCCUUGUCCAAAGAUGGUAACGACUACUUGUUACUGUAAGAAGGCAAAACCCAUCCCUCGCAGGUGCAGUACCAAGGAGUGGUCCUGCCAGCAGCUAUGUGGGCAGAAGUUGCUUUGUGGACAACAUAAAUGUGAACAUCCUUGUCAUGCAGGAAGUUGUCCACCGUGUCCAAGAGUUAGUAAACAGAGGUGCGUUUGUGGCAAAAAAGUAGCUGAAAGAAGUUGUGCAAGCCCUCAGUGGCAGUGUGAUCAAGUUUGUGGAAAAACACUGCCAUGUGCUAAUCAUACCUGUGAGCGGGUUUGCCACGUUGGUGCUUGUGGAGAAUGUCCUCGAUCUGGCAAAAGGUCCUGUCCAUGUCAGAAAUCAAAGUUUUCUUUGCCUUGUACAGAAGAUGUCCCAACUUGUGGAGACAGUUGUGACAAAGUACUUGAAUGUGGAAUCCAUAGAUGUUCGCAGCGUUGUCACCGAGGUCCUUGUGAAACAUGUAGACAAGAAGUGGAAAAGCAUUGUCGCUGUGGAAAGCAUACAAAAAGAAUGCCGUGUCAUAAAUCUUAUCUGUGUGAAACCAAGUGUGUGAAGAUGCGUGAUUGUCAGAAGCACCAGUGUAGGAGAAAGUGUUGCCCUGGAAACUGUCCACCUUGUGAUCAAAACUGCGGACGGACUUUAGGAUGUAGAAACCAUAAGUGUCCAUCUGUCUGCCACAGAGGCAGUUGCUACCCUUGCCCAGAAACUGUAGAUGUGAAGUGCAGUUGUGGUAAGACAAAGGUGACAGUACCCUGUGGUCGAGAACGUACCACAAGACCACCCAAGUGCAAAGAGCUGUGCAGUCGACCACCAACUUGUCAUCAUACAAGUCAAGAAAAGCAUCGCUGUCACUUUGGCCCUUGUCCCCCGUGUCAUCAACCUUGUAACAAAGUUUUGGAGAAGUGCCGUCACCGGUGUCCUGCUCCGUGUCAUGACCAAGCAUUAGUAAAGCAGUCUGGCAGGCACCAGCCCACUGGCCCUUGGGAACAGGCUUCAGAGCCAGCAUUUAUUCAGACUGCGUUACCUUGUCCACCAUGUCAAGUUCCAAUUCCUAUGGAAUGUCUUGGGAAACAUGAGGUGAGUCCUCUGCCAUGCCAUGCUGUAGGACCCUACUCUUGUAAGAGAGUUUGUGGCCGAAUAUUAGAUUGUCAGAAUCAUACGUGUAUGAAAGAAUGUCACAGAGUAACUGAAGCUGAUGUCUGCACUGGCAAAAACAAGGCCGGCCCAGAAUGCCUUCACUGUGAAGAAGGAUGCUCUAAAGCGCGGCCACCGGGUUGUCCGCAUCCGUGUGUCUUGCCAUGUCAUCCUGGAGAAUGUCCUCCUUGUGUUCAAAUGCUGAGAAUAAAAUGUCACUGCAAGAUUACAAGCCUGUAUGUCGAAUGUAGACAGUUAACCACAGCUGAUGAAAAAGAAAAGCAUCUCCUCAGCUGUUGCAAAAAUCAGUGCCCCAAAGAGCUUCCAUGUGGUCAUAGAUGUAAAGAGAUAUGUCAUCCUGGUGAAUGUCCCUUAAAUUGUAACCAGAAAGUAAAACUUAGAUGUCCUUGUAAAAGAAUUAAAAAGGAAUUGCAGUGCAACAAAGUACGUGAAAAUCAGAUUUCAGUAGAAUGUGACUCAACAUGCAAGGAAAUGAAGAGAAAAGCAUCUGAGAUAAAAGAAGCAGAAGCCAGAGCUGUUCUUGAAGAAGAAAAGCGAAGACAGCAGGCCGAACUGGAAGCUUUUGAAAACAGACUGAAGGGUCGCCGGAAGAAGAACAGGAAAAAAGAUGAAGUGAUUGUUGAGCUAUCGUCCUGGCAAAAAUAUAAAUAUUACCUCCUUUCAGCAUGUGGAAUUGUGUUUGCAAUGUUUGUGUGGUACAUUGCCCAUGACGCGUAUUAAAAACAUGUUUUGUUCUUUUAAUAUACCUCAGAUUGGAUUUAGUUAAGUUGCUAAAUUUGGAAUAUUAAAAUAUAUAUCUAUGUAGAACAUGACAAAUGUUAACAAUCAUCUCUGUAUUCUCUUCCAGUUGUUGUUAGGAGGUUAGAACAUUAAGCUUUACCUUGAUUUGUAAUCCAGAAAGACAGUAUAACAUUGUUUAAAGUAAAAGCAUGGAUGAAAAUAUUUCAUGAGGCUUAGCUAAUGAAAGAGUAACAUGUUUGUUGUUCAUUGUACUUCCCUGUAUUAAUUCAGUUAUUUAAUUGUUCAAGCCAACUUUUUUUCCCAUAAAUUCCUAUAAAACUGAGCCAUAGGUAUAUAUGGUAAGGAGACUUUCUCAACAUUUUGGUUACUUAGGACACUUUUUUGAUCAUGUAACUUUGUGCUGUUUUUAAAAAAUGUUCUCUAAAAUUGUAACAAAGUUGUAUGAUUGGAUUUCA